AUGAUUAGUCAAGAUCAGAUUUUAGAUUUCAGACAUGUGGUUGAAGUAUAUGAACUUCAGACAAGAGGGUUUGAAAAGGGCAUUGAUUACAAGGUUGGUUCAGUUCUUCAUGUAGAUCAAGCAAUGGAAGAAACAGAAGUUCAUAGUUGUGAUGAUCAGAGUUCGAUGGAGUAUAUAUCUUCUGGCUUGAGCUCAGGUACACCCACCAGCGACGCGGAUAUGACUCGAUCUUCUUCCUCCAUUAGUGGCUACAUUUCAUCAACUGAAGAGGUGGAGAUGAAUGUGUAUUUUCCAUCAGUUUGUAGCUCAAAUUCACCAGUCAUGGAACCAGAGUCCAAUGAUGAAAACAAUGGGGAAGAAAUGGAUGAUUUUUACAACAAGUACACUGAAAGGAUGAAAUGGUUUGAUGUUCUCAAUCACGACAGAACUUGUGGAAUAAGUGCAAUCCUGAGCAAGCAAUUGACCAGCCCCAGUUCAUUUGGGAGCAUAGAGGCAGUUCAUUUGUCCAUCCCACAUAUCCCAUGGAAGAAAAUGGCUAAGAAAAGGCUUUUAAAAAGCUUGGAAAGUGACUUUGAAAUGGUUUAUGUGGCUCAGUCAUGCUUGUCCUGGGAGGCCCUCCAUCACCAAUACACAAAGGUCGAGGCUCUUGCUUCCUCUAGGUCUACCAAUGGCGUUUUCUACAAUAAUGUUGCAGGGAGAUUUCAAAAGUUUCAAAUACUGUUGGAGAGGUUUAUGGAAGAUGAAAGGAGUGAGGGCAAAAGAUAUUGGAAUUAUGUCCAAAGAAGGUUUUCUGUGAAGAGUCUACUCCAAGUUCCUGAGGUUUCAGGAUAUAUGGAGGAAGAAAAAGAAGGAAUGAAUGGAGAAGCCAUGAGGGUAACAGAAGUGUUGAACGCCAUAGAGAACUGCGUUAAGGCGUUUUGGUUAUACAUUAAAACAGACAAGAGGAAACCUUGGUGGAAGAUAAAGAGUUUUUUGUGGACCUAUCCUCCUGUAGAAGACCCUAGCGACUUAAAGCUCCUAGCUGACCUCACCAAGACACUUCAACAGAAAGAGCUACGGUUGAAAGACUUAAGAGGGAAGAAGAGGUGUUGGGUGAAGAGAUUAACUAACCCUUUGGGAGAGUCUCAGAAGAAAGAAAUCUUAUAUGCAAUGAUCGACAUGAAGCUGAUAUCAAUGGUGCUCAAGAUGUCUUUGAUUUCCACUUCUCAACUCAAAUGGUGCCAAGAGAAGCUUAAGAACAUAGAGUUCAAAGAAGGAAAAGUUAUGAGGAUUGGGAGCCCAACCCUGGAUGGAUAUAUGGAGGAAGAAAAAGAAGGAAUGAAUGGAGAAGCCAUGAGGGUAACAGAAGUGUUGAACGCCAUAGAGAACUGCGUUAAGGCGUUUUGGUUAUACAUUAAAACAGACAAGAGGAAACCUUGGUGGAAGAUAAAGAGUUUUUUGUGGACCUAUCCUCCUGUAGAAGACCCUAGCGACUUAAAGCUCCUAGCUGACCUCACCAAGACACUUCAACAGAAAGAGCUACGGUUGAAAGACUUAAGAGGGAAGAAGAGGUGUUGGGUGAAGAGAUUAACUAACCCUUUGGGAGAGUCUCAGAAGAAAGAAAUCUUAUAUGCAAUGAUCGACAUGAAGCUGAUAUCAAUGGUGCUCAAGAUGUCUUUGAUUUCCACUUCUCAACUCAAAUGGUGCCAAGAGAAGCUUAAGAACAUAGAGUUCAAAGAAGGAAAAGUUAUGAGGGUACCCACAGGACUCUUGUUUCCAUCAUCCUAG